UCCACUGCCGGAUCCCCGCCCCCGCCAAGCGAACCUCCCGGAAGCUCUAAGGAUAACUUACUUCCUGUUCCACUUACUCUUCCGGUCGCCAUGGCGACCGGGCGCCUUGGGGUUGGGGAGACGCUGCAGGCCCUUAACGCCGCUGUAGGGCCUGGUAGCCCGGUGUGGUUUAAGGAAACGCAUGCCCGACACCUUCGUGUCCGAGACUUCUUGGCACCACGAAGCGCGCUACAGGCGCGCUUCAGGGACGGGCAGGUGCCAGAGUGCGUGUUCCGGGCGGUCUCCUGCCUGCAGGGUCCGGGAGUGGCCCCUGUUCUGCGUUGCGCGCCCACACCCGCGGGCUUAUCGCUCCAACUACAGCGGCCCGCAGUCUUCGAACAUGUACUCGGUGCCCUGGCCUCCUAUGCUACUCCUGCCAAACCCGCCUCACCAGGCCCGCGCGUUAUCCUACACUGCCCGGCACUGCGCUGUAAUCCAGAUACGCUCCGAUUGAGCCAGCUGCGUGCUGUGCUAGUGGCCGAUCACCUAGUACGGGUGCUGCGCGCUCACGGGGUACGUGUGUGCACAGUGCCCCCGGUGCGGGACCCACACAUGUCAACUUUCCUCCAGAAACUUCGAGUGGAAUGGCCCUCUGCCUCAAAGAACACCUCGACCGAAACACUGAGGACCUGUGUUCUUGCAAAGUUUAAUGUUUCUAAGGAGGAGACACUGCCCCCUGGCGUCCUAGGCCGACUGUGUCUGAAGGAACUGGUAGAACAGAGACAUGCUGCUGGCUAUGACCCCAGCAUAGAUCACUGUUUGGUGACUGAAGAUCUGCUCUCUGUGCUGUCUGAGCUGCAGGAGGCUGUGCGCCAUUGGCCAGAGGAUGGCCACCCCACUCCGGUUAGUGGCUCAGUUGUGACCUCUGCCCAAACUGGUUUUGCACAUCUGUAUAGUAACUGUCCUAUCUCUGUUCAGGUUGGGGGUCCAGAUGCUGGUGUAGAUGACUGUAUGGUGUUACAUGUGGUGAGCUGUGAAGAGGCAUUCCAGCAACAAAAGCUGGAUCUGCUUUGGCAGAAGGUGGAUGACCAGGCUCCUCACAGGCAGAAGCACCUGGUGUGUGGCCCAGUGAAAGUAGCUGGUGUGCCUGGCACCCAGAUGACCGCCCCCGAGUACCACAGGCUCCGACAUGCUCAGGUGUGCAAGGCCUCAGCCCAGAAGCAUGGUGGAGACUUGGCACAAGACCCGGCCUGGACCGAGACAUUUGAUAUUCUGUCCGUGGCCACCAUUAAAUUUGAGAUGCUAAGCACAGCUCCACAGGGCCAGCUCCUCCUAGCCCACAGCACCAUCUCCACAAAGGGCACGAAGAGUGGGACGUUUGUCAUGUAUAACUGUGCCCGCCUUGCCACGCUCUUCGAGGGUUACAAACACGGAAUGGAACAAGGUCUGUAUCCCACUUUCCCGCUCGUGAGCAGUCUGGAUUUCUCAUUACUCCAUGAUGAGGGUGAGUGGCUGCUGCUUUUCAACAGUGUCCUUCCCUUCCUGGACCUCCUGAGCCAGACUGUGAGCCUGGCUAGCACCCCAGGGCUCCACAUCCCUGUUCGCACGGAGAUGGUGUGCAAGUUCCUGGUGCAGCUCAGCAUGGAUUUCAGCUCAUACUAUAACCGCGUACACAUUCUAGGGGAACCUCGGCCACACCUCUUUGGUCAGAUGUUUGCUCGCCUACAGCUUUUGAGGGCAGUACGUGAGGUGUUCCACACAGGCUUGGCCAUGCUGGGCCUCCCUCCGCUGAGCCACAUCUAAGGGCCCAAUAGCUGGGAAUGUUUAUAAAAGCAUCAACUGGGAAAACAACAAGACCUCACAGAAACCUCACAGAUGUUGGGCACUUAAAGUCAGAAUAAAUACAGUUUCAUCCUA